AUGCUCGACCAAAGUGUUGAGCCUUUCAUGCAUUGCUCAGGGCUGUCUGGCGGUCUGCUGCACGCCAAUGUACAAAGCAAUGGUGCGAUCACACUACGGUUGAGACGGCUUGUGAACCAUGCCGUCUUUGCUCAGCUCGUUUUUCAGUUGACCGGUGGAUGUAGAGCUGCUCAGGUCUGUUUUGAGGCUUUGGGAGAAAGCAGCCAUGCUGUGCACAUGCAAAAAUCGACUACGUCAUGUGAGCUCGGUCACGUGCUGCUGUGUCCAUACGACGGCAAUGAUGUUUCGAGCUACGAGUGCGAUGUCAGGGGAUUGCGCCGUCGCUGA